AUGUCAAGUAGUAGUAGUAAUUCUCUACUGCAAGAUAUUAAUAGAAACAUUGAUAAUCUUUAUGCUGAUCGUUCAGUAACAAGAGUUUAUGGUCAGGAUUUCAUCAUCAAUAAAAGUUUCAAAGUUACUAAGGAAUUGGGUCAAGGUGCUUAUGGUAUAGUAUGCGCAGCCAAAUAUGAUGAUGGAUCUAAUAAUAAUGAUAAUAAUUCUGGCUCAAAUGGAGGUGGAAGUCAAGUUGCUAUUAAAAAAGUCACUAAUAUAUUCAGUAAAAAGAUUCUUUGUAAAAGAGCUUUAAGAGAAGUUAAAUUAUUACAAUUCUUUAGAGGUCAUAAAAAUAUUACUUGUCUUUAUGAUUUAGAUGUCAUCCCUAAUCCUAUAACCGGAAAAUUUAAUGAAAUCUAUCUUUAUGAAGAGUUAAUGGAAUGUGAUAUGCAUCAAAUUAUAAGGUCAAACCAACCUUUAACCGAUCAACAUUAUCAAUCCUUCAUUCAUCAAAUCUUAUGUGGUUUAAAAUAUAUUCAUUCUGCUGAUGUAUUACAUCGAGAUUUAAAACCAAGUAAUAUUUUAGUUAAUGCUGAUUGUGAAUUAAAGAUUUGUGACUUUGGUCUAGCAAGAGGUUAUUCUGAAAAUCCUGAAAAAAAUGCUGGAUUCUUAACUGAAUAUGUGGCAACAAGAUGGUAUAGAGCUCCUGAAAUCAUGUUAUGUAUGACAAAUUAUAGUAAAGCUAUUGAUGUAUGGUCAGUGGGUUGUAUCUUGGCUGAAUUCUUAGGUCGUCAACCUUUAUUCAGAGGUCAAAAUUAUAUUGAUCAAUUAUUAAAAAUCCUUUCUGUUUUAGGAACUCCUUCGGAAGAAAGUUUACAAAAAAUUGGAUCUAUCAGAGCUCAAGAAUAUGUUAGAGGAUUAGAAAAAAUGGAAAAGGUUAAAUUUGCCGAAUUAUUUCCUAAUUCUAAUCCUGAAGCUAUUGAUUUGUUAGAAAAAAUGUUAACCUUUGAUCCUUAUGAAAGAAUUACUGUCGAUGACGCUUUAAAACAUCCAUAUCUUUCACUUUGGCAUGAUCCUCAAGAAGAACCUGAAUGUCAAGUUAAAUUCGAUUUCGCAUCAUUCGAACAACUUGAUGAAGAAGAAGACAUUAAAGCUUUGAUGUUAGAAGAAGUUCGUAAUUUCAGAGAAUUUGUCAGAAAACCAUUGGAAGAACAACAACAUAUCCAAUUACAAACUCAAAUCCAACAAAGACAACGUCAGGAAGAGCAAGAAGCUCAAGCUGAAUCAGCUCAUCAACAACAAAUUCGUUACGAACAACAUCAACAACAAUUACAACAUCAACAACAACAGUUACAACAGCUGCAACAAACACCCGUUGAACAACAACAAUAUCAACAAUAUCAACAAUUCCAACAAUUCCAACAACCACCUUAUAAUUUAUCGGGAUCCCCAAUAUCAGCUAAGCAACAAUAUGAUUCACUCAAUAGUAGCACCACUGCUCAUUCUAUUCUUCAGAGUAAUAUUCCUGUAAAUACAAGUCCACAAUUCAGUAGCAAUAGUGAUUAUCCAUCCAUACCGAAACCUCAAGAAUUGGAUGAUUUCACUUAUUCUAAUUUAAAUCAAAAUUCCUAUCAAGUCUAUCAACAAAGUCAACAACUAACAAGUUUAUCUCCUAAUAGUGUUGACUAUAUGAGAUUAGAAGAAGAAUUAGGUUUCGGGUUAGAUGGUAAUUUUGAUAGUAAUUUCAAUGAUAAUUUUCAAUAA